CCGUUGGGCGUUUGCUCCUCCCUCUUCUCUCCUCCAUGCCUGCUCUGUUUUAGACUGAUUUUCGAGAAGUACAGUCCGAUUUGUUUAAUCAUCCAGAGAGAGAAAGAUAAGGAGGAGGAGGAGAAGAAGAAGAAGAGUACGGGGAAGAGCACAUUGCUGUUGGUGAUAAAGAUCUAGGGUUUCAAAGAGAUCUUGGAUCCGUAUUUUCCAAAAAGUUUCCCCAAGCUUUGUUGGAGGUAGAAGAAGAUGAGCUUCGAUCCGUCUCCUCCGAGUACAAAUGGCAACCUCGACGAGCAGAUUCUUCAGCUUAUGCAGUGCAAGCCUCUCUCGGAGCAAGAGGUUAGAGGUCUGUGCGAGAAGGCUAAGGAGAUUCUUAUUGAUGAAAGCAAUGUUCAGCCUGUUAAAAGUCCUGUAACAAUUUGUGGGGAUAUCCAUGGGCAAUUCCAUGAUCUUGCAGAGCUAUUUCGGAUUGGUGGAAAGUGCCCAGAUACAAACUACUUGUUUAUGGGAGAUUAUGUUGAUCGCGGGUACUAUUCAGUUGAAACUGUAACGCUUCUUGUGGCCUUAAAGGUACGAUAUUCUCAACGGAUCACUAUUCUACGUGGAAAUCAUGAAAGCCGACAGAUUACUCAAGUUUAUGGAUUUUAUGAUGAAUGCCUGAGGAAAUAUGGUAAUGCCAAUGUCUGGAAGACUUUUACGGAUCUGUUUGAUUAUUUUCCACUUACAGCAUUGGUCGAAUCAGAAAUAUUUUGUCUACACGGUGGACUGUCCCCUUCAAUUGAAACAUUGGACAAUGUACGUAAUUUUGACCGUGUUCAAGAGGUUCCUCAUGAGGGGCCUAUGUGCGACCUUUUAUGGUCAGAUCCUGAUGACCGCUGUGGUUGGGGUAUCUCACCUAGGGGUGCGGGAUAUACGUUUGGUCAGGAUAUAUCCGAGCAAUUCAAUCAUACAAAUGGACUAAAGCUGAUCGCUAGGGCCCAUCAAUUAGUCAUGGAGGGAUUUAACUGGGCUCAUGAGCAAAAGGUUGUUACUAUUUUCAGUGCACCUAAUUAUUGUUAUCGCUGUGGUAACAUGGCAUCCAUCUUGGAAGUUGAUGACUGCAAUGGCCAUACUUUUAUUCAGUUUGAACCUGCACCUAGGAGGGGAGAACCAGAUGUCACUCGAAGAACACCCGAUUAUUUCCUUUGAGACAUGGCUCUGAAACAAGAAACACAACUACUAUAGCGGUGGAAGGAGAUCUACAUGUGUUCUCCAACUAUAGCCAUAAAGAAGCGGCCGAGCAAGCAAGACCACAAAAAUUAGCUGCAUAUGUAUCAUUUUCCUGUCAGUGUAAGACUGGUAUUAUCUAUCUUAACCCUUCUUUUUUACCCCCAUCAUUUUUUCCCUUUAAUUUUCUUGUAGAAAUGAUGUUCCUCAAUGCAUUGUUUUCAAUAGAUGAAAGGAGUUAUUUUUGGCUUGU